AUGGCUGCCCGCAGCGCCGCUCUCAAGAUCGACUGGGUCAAGGUCUCCAGCUCGCUCGGCCUCCGUGGCCAGACCGCCACCUCUCUCCAGGCCUUCAAGAAGCGUAACGACGAUGCGCGCCGCAAGGUUCAGGCUCUGUCCGAGCAGCCCCAGACUGUCGACUUCGCCCACUACCGCAAGGUCCUGAAGAACCAGGCCAUCGUCGACGACCUCGAGAAGCAGUUCAACGCUUUCAAGCCCGCCACCUACGAUGUCUCCCGCCAGCUGAAGGCCAUUGAUACCUUUGAGGCUCAGGCCGUCCAGAGCGCCGAGCAGACCAAGGGCAAGGUUGAGGCCGAACUCCGCAACCUCGAGAAGACCCUUGAGAACAUUGAGACUGCCCGCCCCUUCGACGAGCUCACCGUGGACGAGGUUGCCGCCGCUCAGCCCGAGAUCGACGAGAAGACCUCCUCGCUGGUCUCCAAGGGCAGAUGGAUGCCCGCCGGAUACAAGGAGCGCUUCGGCGACAUGUCCGUGGUUUAA